AAAAAAAACAAAUUUCCAAAAAAAUAAAUAAAUGAAAAUUAUUCACCCAAGAAAUUGAUAACAACCGGUAACAGUGUUUAACACGUAGCACAAAGAAAGAUAAUUUAUCCUUUCUCAGACACAAACAAGGACUUAUUAAAUAUGUUGAAGGCUGUAAUUUUAAUUGGUGGACCCCAGAAAGGUACUCGUUUUCGUCCCUUAUCUUUGGAUACACCUAAACCGAUUUUCCCGGUAGCUGGUCGUCCAAUUAUUCAACAUCACAUUGAGGCAUGUGUAAAGCUGCCUGAUCUCAAAGAAAUUCUUAUAAUAGGAUACUUUCCUCAGACACAAAUGGAAACCUUUGUCACUGACAUGCAAACAUUGUAUAGCAUAAAUAUACGUUAUUUGCAAGAAUUUACCUCAUUGGGUACUGCCGGGGGCAUGUAUCAUUUUCGCGAUCAAAUUCGUGUUGGUAAUCCAAAAGCAUUUUUCGUACUUAAUGGUGAUGUAUGUGCUGAUUUUCCGCUGCAAGACCUCUAUAAUUUUCAUACCCAGAGACCGUCAACUUCGCUUGUCACUAUUAUGAGCACAGAGGCCACUAGGCAACAGGCUGUACAUUAUGGAUGCUUGGUAUUUGAUCGGGACACUGGUGCAGUAUCUCAUUAUGUCGAAAAGCCUAGUUCAUAUGUUUCCACAUUCAUUAAUUGUGGUGUUUACGUCUGUUCCAUGGACAUCUUUGCUAAACUCUCUGAAAUAUUUCACUCAAGGGUGCAAGAGUACAACGGAACUAAUUAUUAUGCAAAUGGCGGAUCAAAUGGUAAUGGCAAGGAUCAGGGUCAUAUACAAUGGGAACAGGAAGUCUUGACCCCAUUGGCGGGCACAGAUAAAUUGUAUGCUAUGCCCGUACCGAAUUGGUGGUCUCAAAUAAAGACUGCCGGUUCAGCUAUUUACGCCAAUCGACAUUAUUUGGAACUCUAUAAGAAAACACAUCCUGAACGUUUAGCCAAUGCUGGAAUUAAACACGCCGAGGAUGACGGAAAUCUUAUAUGCACCAUAAUAUCCGAUGUGCACAUACACCCAAGUGCAACAGUUCACCAUACUGCAGUGUUGGGACCAAACGUGUCCAUUGGACCUGGCGUUACUAUCGGACCUGGUGUAAGAAUACGCGAGUCCAUAAUAUUGGAAAAUGCUGUAAUUAAAGAUCACACUCUAAUAUUGCAUUCAAUAGUUGGUCGUGGUUCUACAAUUGGUCAAUGGUCUCGUGUCGAGGGUACACCCAGUGAUCCUGAUCCAAAUAAACCCUUUGCUAAAAUGGAAAACCCACCUCUAUUCAAUAAUGAGGGAAAACUUAAUCCUUCUAUAACUAUUUUAGGCGGUUUUGUACAGGUGCCAUCGGAGAAGAUACUUUUGAAUAGUAUUGUCUUGCCGCACAAAGAACUAAGCAGAAGUUUUAAAAACGAAAUCAUUUUAUAAGACGACUAAUCUUUUAUUUAUAUAUUUACAAAUGUUUACUUGUGCUUUUUAGAUAUUGUUUUAUUAAAGUUUAUCAAUUUUUACAAAGA